AUCGUAUUCAACAGUGUGAGGUGAAGUGACGUGGAGGAGUAUGGACACAACAAGAGGACGGUUCGUCAAAGUUCACAGACCCGGAGCGGAGUGGUGAGCACUUCUGACGCGACACCAGCAGCUGCGGUAGCGGCGACCUCACGUUCCCAGCUGCAGCUGUGACCGCUCUCAUCCAGGGGACGGCGGCGCUUCUUCGGCUUGUUAGCUCACGCGUUAGCCUCCAGGAGCAGCCUGUGAACUCUGGCUGUCUGAAGUGAGCCCCGUGCGACUCAAACUCCGCCGCUGCGUCACCGGAGGCUAAACAUGAAAAAGACCAAGAAAGACAAGAAAGACUCGACUGGCCGCCGCUGACGCUUGCUUUACUCAGACCGCAGUAGCUCGCUUGCUAGCAUUAGCCCGCCGGCUGAGCAGGGACACAACACGGCUAAGUGUCAAAAUGAGCUCCCUGCUGCGAGGUGAGGAGAUGUGUCUGGCCCAGCUCUUCCUGCAGUCUGGAUCCGCAUACGACUGCAUCAGUGAGCUGGGGGAGCUGGGACUGGUGGAGUUCAGAGACCUCAAUCCCAGUGUUAACGCAUUCCAGCGAAAACAUGUCAACGAGAUAAAAAAAUGUGAAGAAAUGGAGAGGAUUCUCGGAUACCUUCUGAGGGAAAUUAAGAAAGCAGACAUUUCACUGCCAGAACGAGAUGUGUCCCCUGUUGCUCCCUUACCAAAGCACAUCAUGGCUAUAAUGGAGCAGCUACAGAGACUAGAAGUGGAGCUGGGUGAAGUCACCAGGAAUAAAGAGAAGCUGCAGAAGAAUCUGCUGGAGCUGACGGAGUACACACACAUGCUGCGUGUCACCCGCGGCUUUGUACAGAGAACGUCUGAGCGAGAGCCCCUGCAAGUGCAGUAUGAGGAGUUCCCCUUCCUAGAAAAAGACACAGUGAUGGAUUACAAUAGCAUGCAGAGGCUAGGAGCCAAACUGGGUUUCAUCUCUGGGCUUAUUCAGAGGGCAAAGAUCGAAGCCUUUGAGCGGAUGCUGUGGAGAGUCUGUAAAGGCUUCACCAUCCUUAGCUAUGCUGAGGUCGACGAAUACCUGGACGAUCCUGAAACAGGGGAGCCAACCAAAAGAGUGGUGUUUCUGAUCUCUUACUGGGGAGACCAAAUUGGCCAGAAAGUAAAGAAGAUCUGUGACUGCUACCACUGUCACCUGUAUCCCUAUCCCACGAACAAUGACGAGAGGAAUGACGUUGUAGAAGGACUUAAAACUCGCAUUCAGGACCUACACACAGUACUUCACAGGACAGAGGACUACCUGAGACAGGUCUUGAUAAAGGCUUCGGAAUCCGUGUACACAUGGGUCAUCCAGGUCAAGAAGAUUAAAGCCAUCUACUACAUUCUGAACCUGUGUAGUUUAGAUGUUACAAACAAGUGUCUGAUCGCUGAAGUGUGGUGUCCUGUCAACGACAUUCCCACCCUGCGGAGGGCCCUGGAAGAAGGAUCGAGAAAAAGUGGAGCAACAGUUCCUUCCUUUGUCAAUCGUAUCCCCACCAGCGACACUCCCCCCACCCUUAUAAGGACCAACAAAUUUACCUCUGGCUUCCAGAACAUUGUAGAUGCCUACGGAGUGGGCAAUUACCGAGAGGUUAACCCUGCUCCUUUCACAAUCAUCACUUUCCCAUUCCUGUUUGCCGUGAUGUUCGGGGAUCUGGGUCAUGGACUCAUCAUGGCGCUCUUUGCUUUCUGGAUGGUGCUGUACGAGAACAACCGCACACUUAAAAACACGCGGAAUGAGAUCUGGAACACGUUCUUUGAGGGCCGUUAUAUCAUCCUGAUGAUGGGCCUGUUCUCCAUCUAUACUGGUCUGAUAUACAAUGACUGCUUCUCAAAGUCCCUGAACAUCUUUGGUUCUGGAUGGAGUGUGAAGGCCAUGAUCAGAGCGGAUGUGUGGAAGGACAGUGAUCUCAGUGGGAACCGUUUUCUUUCUCUGGAUCCAAAUAUUACAGGAGUUUUCACAGGACCAUAUCCUCUGGGAAUCGACCCAAUCUGGAACUUGGCCUCCAACCGUCUAACAUUUCUGAACUCCUAUAAGAUGAAGAUGUCAGUGAUAUUGGGCAUCAUACACAUGAGCUUUGGGGUCAUUCUCAGCACUUACAAUCACUUGCACUUUAGGAAAAAGCACAACCUGUACUUGGUAUUUCUGCCUGAGCUGCUGUUCCUGCUGUGUCUUUUUGGCUACCUGGUGUUCAUGAUUUUCUACAAGUGGCUGGUGUUCUCUGCAAAGAACUCCAGAGAAGCCCCGAGCAUCCUCAUCCACUUCAUUAAUAUGUUCCUCAUGCAGGGGGACACAGUGCCGCCCCUCUACCCAGGACAGACUGGCCUGCAGGUGUUUCUAGUGGUCAUUGCUGUUCUCUCAGUGCCUGUCCUACUCCUGGGGAAACCCAUCUACCUUUAUUGGCUCCACAAUGGAAGCCACCGACUAGGAAUGUACAGGGGAUACGAGCGUGUUCGACGUAACAGUGAGGAGGAGCUCUACCUGAUGAGGGCUCAUGACAUGGAGGAGGGCAGCAGUCACAGUGAUCUCUCCACAAGCUCAGAGCACAAGACAGAAGAGUUUGACUUUGCAGAUGAGUUCCUGCAUCAGGCCAUCCACACUAUAGAGUAUUGCCUGGGAUGCAUCUCAAACACAGCGUCCUAUCUAAGACUCUGGGCUCUGAGUCUGGCACAUGCCCAGCUGUCAGAUGUGCUGUGGGCCAUGGUGAUGCGAGUAGGACUUCGAAUGGACACCAGUCUCGGGGUUUUAUUCCUGGUGCCUGUGUUCGGCCUGUUUGCCGUUCUCACUGUGUCCAUCCUCCUGAUAAUGGAGGGUCUGUCUGCAUUCCUUCAUGCACUCCGACUACACUGGGUGGAGUUUCAGAAUAAGUUCUACAGUGGGACUGGAGUCAAGUUUUGCCCCUUUACCUUCUCUCUCCUGCCCUCCAGCUUUGAGCAUGAUGGUUUACUGUGAAAGGACUACCUGGUAAUACUGUUGAUUUGGUAAACAGAACCAAGACAAGCAAACAUGGUUCUGUGCUCAUACAGACAUAUUCCAGACAAAUCCUGAGGUGAUUUAGACUAUUCUUUUCUUCUUUAAAUCAUUUGUGAAGACAUCUUAUCUUGAGCCUCACAAACAGUGGAUUUCCCAAACUGUUAAAAAACGAACUGUGCAGAAUGUACUGUUGAGAAAAUACAGUUUUUCUUAUUAAAAUGUAUAUAACAGGGAAUACUUUCAGACCUGUAUCAGUAUGCUUCACUGUGGAAGUGUGAGUGUCAAAUAUAAAUUGCAACUGGUAUUUUGAAAACCAUACGUUUUCUUAUGAGGCUUUAUUUUUUUUAACAGUUGUUGACAUCAGUUGUAUGGAGAAAACACCCCCCCCCCACACACACUUAGAAUAAAUGAUCAAAAACAUGUGAUUUUUAAUAUGAGAUAACUUAGUUAAGUUAACAGUAAUGGGUAAAUGGUUGGCCCACAGGUUUGGCUACUCAGACAACACUUGUUAGUGUACUCUUUUGGUCCUCUCAUGGGAUCUGCUGAUUAACCAAGAUGAAAGAUAACAGAACAUCUAUCUUUAUCUUCUCUUUAUUUAUUUCUGGGUUCUUCAAUUUCUUCUCUUGUAAUGUUUAAUAAUUAAUUUCCACAUAGGGUUUCCAUACACUGGGUAGCGAGCCACCUUACAGAUACAUAGUUCUUAUUCUACUCUUAGGUGCACUGAUUGCCUUAUCUAAAUACAACCAAAUGACAGCAUACUGUAUCAUACUUCAGAUUCCACUCGUAUUCCUACUUUGUAGUACCAAAACACUGCAAAGUAUUUUUGACUUUUCAGUAUGGAAAAGGGCUUAGGCUGGUGUGUGAUGAGGUGUAUAUACUUUUGCAGAAUGUAUCUUUUUUAAUUUAUUUUAAAAUGUUGCAUCGGAAUUAAAGAUGAAUAUUAAUCUAAGAAGAUUUUUACUUUUAUGCAUUCACAGUGUUGCCUACUCAUCCACUUUCUGUAUUUUUUAACAUUCCAUGCAUGAAAAACUAAAACCAUUGAUUAUUUGCUCCAGCUCUGCUUGUUAGAACCCACUACUUUGAAGGAUCUUGUAUACAUAAUCAACACCGUGAUUGGUUAUUAGAAGAUGGAAUUGUAUACGAAUAACAUUGGUAGAAGUUUCUAAUUUGUAAGUAUUAUAUGGAAUUGGUAUUGGGAUUUUUCCUAAGGUAAAGGAGAUUCAAUUGUCAUCAUUGUUUAAUUGUCACCUGCACUUUUUCAAUAGCAACAAAGUUUGCUUCAGUAAGAUGCUGCCACAUGUUUGAAGGUCAUGACAUUUUGUAGCAAGUUCUAAAAUGGAAAAAAUACGGUGUUAUGUCUCAAUUAUUGGGCCAAGUGAUGUUUGCCUUAAUUAAUGCUGAGGUGUUGUGGGUGGGUUGAAGGCGUUUUGUGAAUAUUUACUCUAAUUAAGUCAAAUUUUUUCAAGCACUCCAUGAAAAAAUACCCUAUUUUCAUCAUCAUGUCAAUAAUAAAUUGUUUGUUUGAAUUA